UGUCUAAGGAGGCCGGCCGCGCAGCGAGCGGGUCGAUGCGUCCAAAAUGGCGGAGCGGGCCGGGCGCGGCGGAGGCGGCCGGCUGGACAGGAGCAUCACCUUGCCGCCGGACGAGAUCUUCCGCAACCUGGAGAACGCCAAGCGCUUCGCCAUCGACAUCGGCGGAUCAUUGGCCAAGUUGGCUUACUAUUCCACAGUGCAACAUAAAGUGGCAAGGGUACAGUCCUUCGACCAGUCGUGCAAGGACGUUGAACACGAAUCUCCAUACGAAAUCACCGUUCAGGAGGAAAUCACGGCUCGGCUCCAUUUCAUUAAAUUUGAGAACGCCUAUAUUGAAACCUGCUUGGACUUCAUCAAAGACCAUCUCGUCAACACCGAAACGAAAGUGAUCAAAGCCACAGGAGGUGGUGCGUACAAAUUCAAAGAACUUAUUGAGAAGAAGCUGGGAUUAAAAUUAGAUAAAGAAGAUGUUAUGACUUGCCUAAUUAAGGGGUGCAACUUUGUGCUCAAGAACAUCCCCCACGAGGCCUUUGUCUACCUGAAGGAUGCCGACCCCGAGUUCAGGUUUCAGAUGAACCACCCCCACAUUUUCCCUUAUUUGCUUGUCAAUAUCGGCUCUGGAGUUUCCAUCGUGAAGGUGGAAACGGAGGAUAAAUUUGAAUGGAUUGGCGGAAGCUCCAUCGGAGGCGGGACUUUCUGGGGGCUCGGAGCGCUGCUUACGAAAACCAAGAAAUUUGAUGAGUUGCUGCAGCUUGCUUCGAAGGGCCAACACACCAACGUUGACAUGCUGGUGAAGGAUGUAUAUGGCGGGGCGUAUCAGACCCUCGGGCUUAGCGGGAACCUGAUAGCCAGUAGCUUUGGAAAAUCUGCCACAGCGGACAAAGAUUUCUGCAAAGAAGACAUGGCAAAAAGUUUAUUGCACAUGAUCAGCAACGAUAUCGGGCAACUGGCUUGCUUGCACGCAAAACUCCACAACCUGGACAAAAUUUACUUUGGGGGCUUCUUCAUUCGAGGCCACCCCGUCACCAUGCGCACCAUCACCUACAGCAUUAAUUUCUUCUCCAAGGGAGAAGUUCAGGCUUUGUUUCUGAGGCACGAAGGCUAUCUGGGAGCAAUAGGGGCCUUCCUCAAAGGAGCAGAACAAGACAAUCCCAAUUUAUACAGCUGGGGAGAAAACUAUGCUAGCAGUUCGGGCCUUCUCAGCACAUCGCCCGAUGUUUGCCCCAUGCAGCAGGAAAGAAGUGGCACUUUCGACAUGUUGGAGAUGGAUCGUCUGGAGCGAAUGCUCGUUAACCUCCCCUUGCUGCAGGAUCCCUCCACUUACGUUGCAGACACCGUGGAUCUCACCGAUGACGUCAUGGCCCGGCAGUAUUGGCUCUCGUGCUUUGAGGAAGCCUUGGAUGGGGUCGCCAAGCGUGCCGCCGCCAGCCAGCCCGAUUCCAUCGAUGCAGCCGAGCGAGCCGAGAAAUUCCGGCACAAAUACUGGGAGAAAGUCCAGACACUCCGACAGCAGCCUUUCGCAUACGGCACCCUAACAGUUAGAAGUUUAUUGGAUACAAGGGAGCACUGUUUGAAUGAAUUUAACUUCCCCGAUCCCUAUUCCAAGGUCAAGCAGAAGGAAAACGGCAUCGCGCUCAGGUGUUACCAGGGGGUGAUCGACUCCCUGGAUUCCCUGGCCUGGGAGGAGAGGCAGUUCGCUCUGGUGAAAGGUCUCCUGGCAGGAAACGUCUUCGACUGGGGAGCCAAAGCCGUCUCAGAAACAGCCGCAGGAAGUGUCCCCGUAGAACCUGGAUUUCUCACUUGUGUGCUGUUCUCUGUCUUUUUGCCCCUCCUCUUCCUCACUGCCAGUGUCCUUGAAACAGAACCACAGUUUGGAUUUGAAGAAGCCAAGGAAAAAUUACAAGAACGCCCUUGGCUUGAGGAUUCGUACAGCGAAUGGGUGGAGCGGCUCAAGGCCCCAGCUCAUAAAUGUGCCUUAAUUUUUGCAGAUAACAGUGGAAUUGACAUCAUCUUAGGCGUCUUCCCUUUUGUUAGGGAGUUGCUCUGUAGGGGCACUGAGGUUAUAUUGGCUUGCAAUUCAGGUCCUGCUCUGAACGACGUAACCUAUAACGAAUCCUUGCUUGUGGCGGAGAGGAUUGCCGCAAUGGAUGAUGUCAUUCGAUCUGCCUUGAAGGAUGGGAGGCUCCUGUUGGUACAGACCGGCUCCAGUUCGCCCUGCUUGGAUCUCAGCCGUCUAGACAAGGGCCUGGCCAACCUGGUCCGAGAGCAGAAGACCGACCUGGUGAUCAUCGAAGGGAUGGGCCGGGCCAUCCACACCAACUACCACGCAAAACUCAAGUGUGAGAGCCUUAAACUGGCGGUGCUCAAAAACUCUUGGCUGGCUGACCGUCUGGGGGGAAAGAUCUUCAGCGUGAUUUUCAAGUACGAGGUUCCCCUCAAGCCCUCCUGAUGAUCCCGAAGCGGAACGGAAGGGGGGGAGCUUCAGCGGCGACGGCUGGAAAAGGACUUGCACUAGUUACAAUUUUAAUUGUAAAGAAUGUAUUUUUAUUACCACAGGGAAAAUGAGUUUCCUCUCGCACACACCUCUGUAUUUAUAUUGUGCUUUUGUGACUUAAAGGAAGCAGCUAUCACUCA